AUGACCCUUCUCUUGUUCAUGUUCACUUUCAUGUUGCCCAUUGCAACAUGUGGAUUUAGCAUCCAGCUCAUACCAAUCGAUUCUGUUAUCCUCCCAACUAAUCACACUCCUGAAGAAAGGCAUAACCUACUUGCUAAUAUAUCAAGAAAUCGAGCCCUCAACCUCAUGUCCAUGAGUGCAGCAAGAGCAAUGAACCCAAAAGAGGAGUUCGUGAAGGGUGUGCCUAAUACCAUACAACCCCCCAUUUAUCGAGUUCUAAGUAAUUACUAUGUGACUCGAAUGGUCAUUGGCUCACGACUAUAUACACCCUACUUAAUGGUGGACACAGGCAGUGCUGACACAUGGGUUCAAUGUGAUGGAUGCCGCAAUUGCUUUCCAAUACAGGGAGGAAAUUUCAAAUAUAAUGAGUCUACAACAUACAAAUAUCUACCUUGUAAGAACCCACUUUGUGUGCCAAAACUAUGUGAUAGUGCAGGGGUGUGUCUCUACAGGAAUCUGUACAGUGGCGGAAGCAAAUCUGAAGGUUGGGUUUCUAGUGAUACCUUCCUUUUCUCAAGCACUAACCAUACCUCUAUGAAGUUGCCAGUAGCAUUUGGUUGUGGCUAUGAUAACCAGAAUAUGAGUUUUGGUCACAAUGAUGGACCUAGUAAUCCUAUAGCUGGCAUAUUUGGAUUAGGUAUUGGGACGAGGUCAAUCCUAAAACAACUAGGUAAGGAGACCAACCAGCGCUUCUCUUACUGCCUACCAUCAUCCAGAACAUCUAGACAAACUCAUACAAUGAUAAGCUUUGGUGAGGAUGCACAAAUAAAGGGAAGUGUACAGACAAUACAGAUUUUGCCUGCAGAAAAUACGCCUGCUUACAAUGUCAAACUUUUGGGUAUUAGCAUUGCAGGAAAGCGUCUUAAUAUAGAUCCAGCAUUGUUCCAGCUGAAGCGUAGCACUAUUGGUGGAUUUUUCAUAGACACAGGUAGUCCUUACACUAGGCUUGUUCAAGGUGCAUACACAAUUUUGAGGGAUGAAAUGACUCAGUAUAUUAUGAAGAAUUAUGGGAAGCGUCCAACAAGGAAAGGUUUUUUUGAUCUUUGUUAUGGGUCACUAGGAGGGAAUGUGACUUUACCAUCAAUGACAUACCACUUCAAAGGGGCAAAUCUUGUACUGAAUUCAGGGGCUGUGUUUGAGCGAUUUGGUUUUGAUCUCUGCAUGGCUAUAUUGCCUGCUAGCAAUGCAGGACAAAACCUCCUGGGGGCCUUUCAGCAGGCAAAUCAUCGUUUUUUGUUUGAUGUAGGAAAGAAAUCCAUGCUUGUUAAAAAGUAUACAGUGUCAUUUGCACCAGAGAUAUGCCUUUAA